UAACAACUCGACUGCCAUAACCACACUUAACUACGCGUCACACCCAACUAGACACCACCAAAAGAAAGAAUAAAAAUAAAUCUUUCAGUUUUUUUUUUUGAGUGAAAUGGAUAGGAUUGAAGAAGAUGAUAUGUGGAAAAGUGAUGAGAACGACAAUUUUUUGUUCGAUUCAGUGUUCAUGGAAAAUGAUUCGAUGGAUGUGAACUGUGAAGAUGAGGACAUGUGUGAGUUAUUAACUCAGAGAUCUUCUAAACCACAUCAGAGGGUACCAAAAGAACCAGCAGUAGCCAGUGAUCGUCCAAAACUUCCAGAGAACAUUCUCAAAUCAAUUGAAAAUGCACGAGACAAAUCAAUGCCAGAAAAAUCUCGAGAAAGGUACAUGAGAACUUACAGAAGGUACAGGGACUGGAUCGAGGAGAAUGAGUUUGAAGACAAUUCACCCAAAUACAUCUUCUCUGAGGAAAUAAUGCUGGCAUAUUUCAAUGAAAGGUCCCAAUCAUCUGCACCAAAUAGUCUCUGGUCUACAUUCUCAGCCAUUAAAAGUGUUGUCAGAAGGUUGCACAAUCUCGAUCUGAGUAAACACACAGAACUCCAUUUUUUGAAAGUUCUCAAAAAAGGGUACGAGCCUAAAAAAGCUGCUGUUCUUUGGGAGCCUCAAACUGCAAAAUUCAUUCGUGAAGCUUCAGAUGAGGUGUAUUUAGUAGAGAAGGUCGCCCUGAUUUUCGGUCUUUGUGGUGGCUGUAGAACAAUCGAGAUGUGGAAAUUAAAAUUUGAUCAUGUGCAUGACUGUGUUGACCAGGAGACUAAGGAGUCAUUUUUCAAAGUGCAGCUUUUUGACACCAAGACCAAAAAGCCAAGGUGGUUCAGCAUUCUAGGAGAAUACUACUACAUUGUUGAGAAGUACAUGAAAUUAAGACCUGGUCAUGCAACAGAGAAGAAAUUUUUCUUGAAUUAUCAGAAGGGGAACUGCACAAAUCAACCGAUUGGGAGGAACAAAAUUGCUUCAUUCGCAAAAGCCAUUGCAGAGUAUUUGAAACUACCAAACCCAGAACAAUACACUGGCCAUUGUUUCCGUCGGGCCGGCACUUCUCAGUUCGCUAAUACUGGAGCAACCGUCACGGAAAUUAUGCAGUUUGGUGGAUGGGAUUCCUUCACUUCAGCAAAAGGAUACGUAGACGACUCAGCUGUUCACAAAAAUGAACGUUGCAGAAAAAUUCUACAGUCAUUUGAAAAGUCAAGUGUAGGAAAACCUCCACCACGGUCAUCCAAUGCCACCAAAACAUCAAAAGACUUCACAUGUGCAACAAACCUCAUUGAAAAAUGCAAAGAAAAACCACCUAGAACGAUCAUCCCACUAUCUCCACACAUCAAUAUUCAGCACCCAGAUAAUGCCGAUGAAGAAGCAUCGACAUCUCAUCCAUUCAACAUGAAUGUUAAUCAGGAGGAAAAUCCCAGAGAAUCAUCACCACAUCCAAACUCUUCCAACAUUAAUCUUGAAAAUCAGGAAAAUUUAAACAUCUCGAGCUUCUUGCAAAAAGUACCAAGAGUGAAAACUAUCAAUUUCAAUUUCACGAACUGUCACAAUAUUUAUUUUAAGUGAGAAGAAGAGAUUUUAUUAGAAGAUAUUUGGAAACGACUUGGCUAUUAUAUUGCGUGUUAUUUGAUCUCGAGUUUACGGAGAGAGAAAAUAUGAAUUGAUAUUUAUUACGGAAAGUUACUUUCAAAAACUAAAAACU